GUGACACGGGACGGCACUGGCAGCGCCGUGUGUGUGUGUGUCUGUGUGGUGCCGCCGCCGCGAGCAGAGCUCAGCUGGAGAGAGCACGUGUGCGCCGUUUCCAAUAGUAGCCGGAGCCUGGGCUGGGCGGGGGAGGGAGCCCAGCGGAGCCUCCUGAGUCAAGCGGCGGCCGCGGCGGCGAGGGCCGCGUUUUGGGCACGGAGUGACGCACGUCGCGCUGGAGCAGAAAUGCGGAAGAAUUAGAAGCCUCCACAGUGUCCAUGGGGCUUGGUUUAAAGAGCGCAGCAGCCGCGGCGGCGGAGCAGUUGGGUGCGGGAAGUUGGUAAGAGCGGCGUCUUCCUUGGCUUUCUCCCCACCCUUCGCCCUCAUUCUCCCCUUCUUCCUCCUUCAGCUUUUUAAUUAGGCCGUAUUAAUUUUUUUUCAUGUGUAAUAUGGAGCUCCAUAUAUAUAUGGAAUUAGGACAACCAGUCGGGAUUAAUAGGUCGACGUUUUCCUUUUCUAUGAUUUUCCUUCCUUUUUAAACUUUUUUUAAAUAAAACAAAACAGCUGUAGAAACCCCCGAGCGCGCUGCGCCAUGCGCCUUUACGCAGGGUCGCCCCCUUCCGUGUUUUUCCCUGCGGGUGCUUCUGUGCCCCAGCCGCUGGCGUGGAGCGAGGCCCGGAGGAGCCUCUCCAGGGGCUUCGCCUGGGGCCGGGAAGCAUGAGAGGCCUCGGAGAAGAGUCCCCCGCUUCGCGGCGCUCGUGCGCUCUUCUGCGGGCCCUUGUCGGGCGGCGCGCGCCUCCGCUUGCGGGUUGAGCCGCCCCGACGGAGUUGUGUCUAGGAGCGCCGGCCGCUUUCGCCUGCCUGCCGAGGGAGAGACGCGGCCAGCCCAACCCCCCACCCACCCGCCUGGGCGACUGGGAGACUCGCGACGACGCUGCCUGGCUGCUGCAGGGAGCCCAAGGCGAUGCCCGACGCGCUCCUUUCCCAGCGGAGGAGGACACGAUUAUGUCCACUGACCAGCUUAACAGUACAACACUGAAGGAUGCUCAGUUGAAAGACCUGGUUUUGGAAGGAGGUAUUCUAGACUCCCCCCUCCCCCCGAAGCUCUUAGUUUAAUUUUGUCUCCAAGUUAUUUUUCUUUCUCUUCGCCUUAAACCCUUAAUCACCUUCCUGCCUACCCGCUUUCUGUUUUACUUUCUCUAGCAGACUCUGUGUAAUGGGUCUAGUAUUUUUGCUGUUGUUACUAUCUCUCUCUGGGAGAUUUUAAGACUAUCUAUACUCAAGAACCCCCCCCCAUACUCAAGCCCCCCCCCAACCCCCGGUUAAUUUACAGCCAAUCCGGUUCAUGUCUAGCUCAGAUAGAAAUUCCGUUUAGUUCAAGUAUGUAUGUAUAGAUGAUAGUCAUGGUCAGGGCAACUGAAAUGUUUUUGUUUUAAAUAUAUGCUUGCAGGUGGAGAUCAUAUCUGUAUAGAACUGGGGUGGUGAGGUAGACUGAGGUGUACAAGAUUGUGGCACAAGUCAGCAUUAGAUACUGAAGAGUGGGGGUUAUGUCUCUUAUUUUGGUUUCCACUUUAUAAUGAUAGAAGUGUUUCACAUGUGUGACUAUUAUAUGUACAAAGGUUGGAGGCUUGUGCUUUUAAUUUUGCCUUUUCAUGCUGGUUUUACAUGACCCCAGAGACAUCAAAAUAAGUAGGAUAAAUACUACCAGGCAUACUUUUAUAAUCCUAUGUAAAUAGCAAUAAAUGUGUCUUCACUAGUACUGUUGAUCUAUUCUCUUGCGGUAGCACUUGCCAUUAUAUAAACUGAAGACUCUUAAGAUGUUUUGCUUUCAUUAGGAGUUAAAAAUUCUGGGGGGGGGGAUAUUAUAAUUAUGUAUGCAAAUGAGUGUGUUAGCCAAGAGGAAGCCUUUGUAUAAAAAUUGUUUUCCUUCACCUUGUGGAAAUAAUCCCCAGUGCUGGGUUUUGGAAUGCAGACACAACUGAUCUGAUGUGAUAUGGAUGUGGGGAGAGAGCCCAGACUUUGAAGCUACACUGCUGUUAAAGUUGUGAAACUAUGCUGCAAUUAAAGAUGUAACUUUGGAAAUCAACCCACAUCCUGUUGAUCAAAAGGGUCUGAUUAUGGCUCACUUGGGCUGCAAUGCUGUACAUGCUUACUUCGAAGCAAAUCCCACUGAACACAGUAGGAUGCACUUCUGAGUAGACUUGCAUUUUUCUGUCUGUCUUGCUCUCCUUUUCUACACAUGCACAUAUUUAACAUACUUUUAUUUAUCUCAUUUUGCCUCUUAAAGUGUUCUUGUUUAUCAGAUUUUGCUUGCAUAUUUUCAGACUUUUUGUUUUCAAAAUAACCAUUCAUAGGAAAAGAGGAACUGGCCUUCUGUAAAAAUGUUCAGAGCCCUUGAUUAAAUUUAGAAGUCUGUGCUUUUGGCAGAUGCAGAAAUAACGUCAUUCCAGCCAUCACCGCAUUCUAGGAAAGCCUAAAUCAACAUUACUUAUUUUGCACAUUGCUCUUUCACAACUGCUGCUCAAUUGACACAGUAAUAAAAUAUCUUUGGGCCAAUUAAGUACUUGGGUUAUUGGCCUCUCAAGUAAUCGGCCUGCUGGGGUCCUGUGGUUGAGAAAUAGUUAGGCUGCUGCUUUUGAAGCCUAAAACUUGUGCCCUCUUAGUAGGUCGGGGAGGCAUGGUGGGAGAGGACACAGGGCACAGAAAUCAAGGAUUUUUUUUUUUACCCUGUUGUCAAUAACAGCUGCAGCAGUGACCUGAGUAUAAACUAACAUAUUGACUGAUGCAUGUGAAGUUUGAGGGAGCAGCAGUGGGAAACUUACUGGUUGAAUUAAAAAUAUGUGUACUUUGCCUUAUUGAUAGCCAUAAUGAGGGAGCAACAAGGGAAGCAGAAAAGGAAAUUUUCUGUUUUCUUCAGUUGCAUAGUGAGGUCCUUUUAAUCCUCCCUUAGACUGUGAAUAAUUCUCAUGGCAUGCAGAAAAAUGGUAAGAUUUUGUGCACGGUCUUGGAACGCAUGUCCUUGUAUGGCAGGUGUUGUUAGAUUCUACCACUAAUCCACCUUCUACAUUCUCUAUUCUUGUGGAGGUGAGACAUCUUGAUUAUUUCAAAAUCUUGAUUGUUCAUCUUAAAACCCUCUCCCAAUGAUUGGAAAAGGGAUAGUUUGGAGGGAGAAAAAAAUAACUAUAUUUUCCACCUUCUGCCUAGCCAAAGCUUUAAGAAUAGGAAUCAUGAUGUACUCUUAUUCAUCUUUUUGUGCACUUAGCUUUAGAAAUGGCUGAAUUUAAUCUUGCCUUUUCUUUGAAUUUCUGCCAUGCUAAAGGUGCCCAAGUGUCAACCAUCAUGCUUGUGGAUUACAUAAUUCCAUAUGCGUGAGAGAUUCUGGAUCAUUAAAAUGUUAGCUAAUACAUACUUUUAAAACACAUUUCUGGCUUUGUUUUGCCAUUGCUGUGCCAGUACUGUGGUACCUCUACUUAUGGAUGCGAUCCGUCCCUGGGUGCCGUUUGCACCCCAAAAAGUCAGUAUGUAGAGUGCCGCUUCUGUGUGUGCGUGUGACACAACAGAGGGCGUUUGCCGUGUUCGCAACCCGAAAAUCCGCAACAUGAACCUAACGCAACUAGAGGUAUGACUGUAUAGCCAAUGAAAAUAACCAAAGGCAUGCUUUAGCUGAAAUAUGACUUACCGUAAUCUUAUAUAUGCAUGGGCUGUUCAAGAUGUUAAUUGUAAAUAUUAUUAAUUUCAUUAAUAUCCCACCAUUCCUGCAAGGAGCUCAAGUCAUGUAUAUGGUUCCCCCCCUCCUCAUUUUAUCCUGACAACAACCCUGUGAGGUAGGUUAGGCUGAGAAACUGUGAUUGGCCCAAGGGCACCAGUGAGCUUCAUGGCUGAGGAGGGACUCGAACCCUGGUCUCCCAGGUCUUAGUCCAGCACUGUAGUUUGCCAUGCAUAUUUGAAGUUUGAUUUGUAUUUGCUGUAAACAGGAAACGGAAUGGAAGGAAAACCUUUUCAUUCUUGCACGUACAAACAAGUACAUUAUUCUGUCAUUGAUGUGUUUUUCCUGUUAAUUUGAAUGGCUAAAGGUGUGAACCUUCAAGAUUAAUGAUGUGACAAGUUUGUCCCAAAGUGCCAUAAUUUUAAUUGAUGCAUUAAUUGAAUCUGAGGCGUGUAAAGCAAUUAUCAUGUCUUCCAAAAGGAAAACAUUUGUAAUACCCUGGGGCGUUUUCUUUAAUCUUUAAGACAUUUUAUGGGCAUUGCGACUUUGUAAAACUACAGUGACUUUCUAGGUUAAUCUCUCAUCACCAUGGUUUCACUGCACACGCGCGCGCACACACACACACACACACACACUCCUGUGUGAGCCAAGGAAAGUCAGUCCUUGUUCCUUUUUUUCUUUAAUGACAGCUUUACAUAUUCAGGGUUUUCUUCUUCAAAGGAAUCCUUCUGGUUAUUUAAGCUUCCCCUUGCAUUUUUCAUUUAUUGAACUGUUACUGUGGUGGUGGUGAUGGUGGUAAUAUUAAUGGGAGACUAGAUACAGAUAAACGAUGACUUAUUUCAGUAUUCUGGUAAGUGGGCAGUGGCACAGCAUUCCUUAUAAUUCUGGAGCUUCCUGUGCUUGUAACUUCUGAAUUCUUAAAGGACCUUUAAGUUAUUAUGUUGCUCAUCAUUAAGGUUGGAGAAAUCAGUGUGUUGGGUACAGAUGGGGACCAUUUUGUGCUCAUCCAAUUGACGCAUGACUGCCAAUGCUUGGGGCCUUUUGGUCCCAAAAGAAGGCGUAACGGGGUUUGAACAGGCUUUUGCUUGCUCCGCCGACAUGCGUGAGGGCCAGGAAUGGAACCCCUGCACAAAAUGGUCACCACCUGUAUGUAGGAAUGGGAAACCAUUUCUCUACAAAGGGUUUUUGGCCAGGACUAGCUAAUUUAGGGCCAGAACCAAAAGUGGGUGGACUUUUAUCAUUAUUUCUCUGCAAGCUUAAUGAAAAUAGACUCUGGACACAUGUCAAACUUCCAGCCGGAUAGGAAUCCCUACUGUGAAUGCCUUCUUGUACCUGUCUUUGGUCUAUAUGUGAACCUUCUAUAGAAAGCUUUAUGUAGCAGGAUGGCAGGACAGCACAGCAGUGCUUCAUUUAUCAAUUUUGUUCAGGUUUCUUCCUAUCCCCCUGGAUGACGAGUUACUUGAAUUGAUUGCAAUAAUAGGAAGGAUGUUGUUACUUAAACACUUCUUUUUCUUGAAGGAUGUUUUCACCCAGGAUAUUAGCUUACCUUGCAGUCGGUUCACUGUGUACUUCCCAAUAUGACAUACUGAAGGUGCAAGAAGAUUUGUAUUUCUAGAUGAUGCAAGAAGUUUUUUAAAAAGCAUCUCAACUUGAUUUGUUGCUGCAUUUUUUUAUUUAAGCUCUCCUUCAUCAAUUAACUUGGAGGCUUAAAAAUGAUGUUUAAGGUGGUGGCGGGGAUGAUUUAUAUUGAAUUUUUUUGCUGUGCUGUGUAACAUGAAAAUCAGAAGAGAAUCUUUUUUUUUAGACAUUCAGGGAAGAGGGAAUCCUCAGAUAGGGAAAAGGCAUCAUUAUUUAGCCUUUCCAGUUUGCAGAUUUUGUUAUUCUGAAAUGUGUUUUCCAGAGAGGAAAAACAAAGCUAUUUCAACCCUGAAAUAGUGUGUUGGGAUCAGUUUUUUUGCUGUAGUAAAAACUUUAUUGAGCAAUAUACAUGCAUCAACAAAUAGAUUAUUUUGGGUAUCAGCUUGCAGUUUCACCUUCCUCUUUUUUUAACACUCCUUAUCUAUCCUAGAGUGACACUUUUUCUCUCUUUCUUUUCCCACAGCUGAACUAGAGUUUGUUCAGAUCAUCAUCAUAAUCGUGGUUAUAACUGUUAUGAUAGUGGUGAUCAUCUGCUUGUUGAACCAUUAUAAAGUGUCAACACGGUCAUUCAUCAGUCGGCAGAGCCAAAGCAGGAGGCAAGAAGAAUCUUUACAACCGGUGAGUUGAAACUUCCAUGCUACCCAUAUUGGUUUAAUAUAUGUUUUGUGGCAAACCUUUUAUUUAUUUGCCAUAUUAAUAUGCUGCUCAAUAAUGACAUUCUCUGGGCAGCCUCCAGUAUUGCUAAACUAUUGGAAACCAAGCAAUCCCAUCUAGGAAGAACAUUCACAUAUAGGAUCCCAGCAACAAAAGUCUUUCUCGCUUGUAGCCACCAGUCACACCUCACUUGGCAGGGCCACCUGGAGUUUACAGGCAAACAACUGGUCACCAGGAAAAAGACAAAAAAAGGAAAUUGUGUUCAGAUAUUUCUUAACCGCCUUGCAUGAGAACAUUCCAGGGCAAUAUACAAAAGUGUGAGAACCAUUUACACAACAAAUACAUAUAACAUAUGUGAAGAAACAUUGAUAGUAGAAGAAAAGAAUAACAUUUAUGACCAUCUAACAUUCCUGGGCAAAUAGGAAUGUAAUAGUCUUAAUCUGGCAUUAAAAAUGUUGGCAUCAGACAUGUCUCCUUUGAGAAAGCAUUUCACAAUUGGGGCACCACCACAAAAAGUGUCCUCUGCUUUGUUACUACAUAACAUAUCUCUGUUAAAAAAGGUUACUUGGAGAAGGACCUCAACAGAAGAUCUUAAGACACGGGCAAGCUGGAAUGGGAACAGGUACUUCCUCAGAUAUCUGGAUCCCAAAGUAUAAGAACCAGCACCUUAAAUUGUGCUCUUGAGAAUAUGCUAGUCUUUGUAAUACAGUCAUACCUCUUCAUACAUUUGCUUCAGGUUAAAUCUUUUCAGGUUGCGUCCCGCGGCGACCCAGAAGUACCGGAAAGGGUUACUUCCGGGUUUCGCCGCAUGCGCAGAUGCUCAAAAUGACGUCACGUUCAUGCGCAGAAGCGACGAAUCGCGACCUGCGCACGCACAGACGUGGGUUGCAUUCUGCUCAUGUUGCAAACGGGGCUCCGGAACAGAUCCCGUUCGCAACCAGAGGUACCACUGUACUUUCAGAAGAUAUGAGUGCUGUGGUUGUAACCGUAAGAAUUCUGAUGGCCAAAUUCUACACUAACCGAAACUUCCAGGUGGUUGACUGGUGUGGUCCCACAUAUAACACAUAUUAAUCCAACCAAGAGUUACUAGAGCAUGAAUCGCCCUGGCACGGCCGACCUAUCCAGGCCACCAAAUCAUUGGAAGCUGGUAAAAGGGCCUCUGUAUUCUAUCUCUAAUAAAUUCUGUGCUUGCUGAUUUACUACAGAAAAGUUAGCAGAAUUUUAAAAUCCUUCUGCAUUUUAAAGGCUGUGCUUGGCUUUGUUUCAUUCAAGAAGUGUGAAGGCCCUUGCUUUUGUAUCACAUUUUUGUAGCUCAUCCAUCUCCACUGCCAUCGAGGGUCAUUCAUUGGGCUUUUCCUUAUAUCCUCACAAGGUAGAUUAGGGUGAGAAAGAAUUUACAGCCACUUAGGGAGCUCCAUGACUAACUGGGGAUUUGGAUCUGGGUCUUUCUGAUCCAGCACUACCCAUGACUCUUCAAAUGGUGGAGGCCAUUCACAGAGGAAGGUAUGACUGGUGCUCCCCCAUUGUUAAUAUUGCCAAGUACUUUUUUUGUUUUGUUUUUAAUCUUAGUCAUGUUUAGCAAUCCUGGGGCACUUAGCCAUAAUUUUACUGAACUAAGGCUAUUUUUUAAAGGAUUCUCAGGUUUUUGGAGGUCUGUCUUUCUGCAUGCCAAACUGGCAGCCUUGUCUCAUGGCAAAUGAGUUGUGUGACCUGUUCUCUACAUAUAAGGGAACUUCUGCCAGCUGAAUGAAAUAAGUUGUUGACUCAAGUCUGGCCAGCGUGAAUUGGGCUUCAGAACAGCAAUGCAAAUUCCAUGGCCACUACACUAUGUAUGUAUGUAUGUAUGUUUGGGGUGGGGGGUGGGGAGAGAAACCUGCAGUUUCUUCUUGGGUGGUUGUUUUCUACCCCUGGCAUUACUGCUAUGCAAAAAAACACAUGCAACUGUAAUAAAUGCAACUUUUCUUAAUCAACAAGAUCAUAUAAGGGCUAAAGAACUGACUAGAAUACACCUACAGGAAAAGAAAGUAUGAAUGGGUGUGUAAUGUUACGUACCCGUAAUCAUGCCUAGAAGUCCUGGUUAGACUGGGCUAUCCAGAUGUGCACUUAUUGGCAUGAUAGUGCACAUGUAUGUUCCACACCCUUAAUGUGUUUCCAGGAAGCGCCAGUGUGUUUGUAGCAAAUGUAUUGCUGCAUGGAGUGCGCAGCUGUUCUCUGUAGUAGACAUUUGGGUUGUAGUAAUCAGGUUGGGUUGAAGUAAUCAGGUGUGAUCUGCGCUCUCAGUCUGGCAUUUCUUUCACUGGUUGUAUUCAGAAUCUAAAAGGAAGUUUUAACUGUGGCCAUCCUUAGUGACUGAGAGGUAUCAAGUAUCCAACGAAUUAGAUAUUAUCUGCCUCUCUGCUUAGAUCUUGAACAACCACCGUGAACCGGAAGCCUCCAGUGACUAGGCCUUUAUGUUGUCUGAUUAAGAUGACGGAAUUGGAAAAAGCAGUUACAGAGAUGUAUUGUAAAAUCGUGCUUAAAAACAACAGCAAAAAACAAACAACCCUUUAAAAUUCUAUUAAAUUGUCAAUCUUUUUAUUUUAUUUAAAGAAUUUUGAAGGCCUUAUUUCUUUUUAAUUGGUGAUAAUGACUGGGUAGUUGAUUGUGGGGAAAGUAAUUAUGUGUGUGCAUAUCCUGAUUCCGGAUUUAGAAUGUUUGCUGACUAAUAAUGCCUGAAAGCCGCUGCAGCUUCCUUAACAGAAGAAGCCUCAGAGUCUUGGGUGAGGGGGAGCAAGAUUUAAAAAUAUGACAUAUAUGAAAGAAAACAGUCACUUUUCUUGGCAGAGUUGAGUGAAUUUAGCAAAAGUCUUUCUGGCUAUCUCUAGUGUAGUUGUACGGUUAGGGCUAGGCAGUCUUUUCUUUCCCUCCUCCCCUUACCUCCAAAUUCUGAAUAUUCCCUUUCUGAUUCCACGUUUAAUAUUCCUUAGAAAAAUGCAAGAUUCGUUCCUUUUUUCUCUUGCUACUUUGAACUGCUCCACCAGUUCUGCCUCUAAUAACUGCAGCUCUUUCUUGUACAAUUCCAAGAUGCCCCACUGUCUAGGGGUGGUGGAGAGAAACAUGCUGCUUGAGCAGUUUUGAACAGAAUCACUAUAUGAACAUGGAAACCAUGCCUCCUAUGAAGUCAGACUAUUCAUCCAUUUAGCUUAGCAUUGUCUACUUUGGCUGGCAGCAGCUCUUUGGUGGAGGUUUUUCCCAAGCUCUGAUAUCUGGGAUCUUCUGCAUGCUCUAUACAGUGAACUAAUGCCUACUGCUAAAACAGAAUAGGUGAAAUGGUAUAACUGGGUCAGUACCUUUUCUUGCUUAUAUAUUUAUCUCCUUGGCAAAAAACUAACCCAAAGAGAAAUUCAUUUUGUUUGAAUCCUGUCCUUUGUAUCUUCAGGUGCUGUUUCUAGCCUUGCUCCCUGACGACUGAAUGUUUUUUUAGGAAGGAAGUCUUUGCACAUUCAGCCAUAUGUGCAAAGGCUUCCUGCUUGCAGAAGUUUCUGUUGUUGUGGCCAUUAGAACCCUCUCUGCUGAUCUUAGUACCUGAGAGGUAGUUCCCAUGCCCUCUCAAGCUCAAUGGGGGGGGGGAGAGUGCCCCUGGAAAGGGCAUGCUCUGUGGUGGCCCCAAAGUUGUAGAAUUCCCUCCUUGCAGAGAUUUGCCUGGCACCUUCAUUUAUACAGCUUUCAGUGAAUGCUGAAGACUCACCUCUUUACUUUGGCUUUUGACACUUGAGAUGUAUAUUUUUGAGGGCCCAGCUUUUUCUGUGAUUAUAUGUUGUUUUGUACUGUUUUAAUAUUGUGUUUUAACUGUAACCUGCCCUGAGUGAAGUGAGGGGAGGGGAGGGGAUGAUGAUGAUGAUGAAAUAAUGUGUUUAGAGAAACUUGCCAGGGUUUAGUUCAAUGAUGCCAGGAUUGAAGUUCAGGUAAAACAUCUGUGACAGCUUUGUAAUCAAUGAUCUACUUUACAGUGGUAAUAAAUAAUGGGAUUGCCCAACAGGCAAGAAGAAACAUGCAUCUUUUGUUCCACGCUGCAUACUCUUGCUGUAAGCCAUUGUAUAGUGACGUAUAUUGUGUCAUUUAAGAGAACUAGCAGGUGUCUUGCUGUUUGUGUAUUGCCAAAAUACAUUCUUUCCAUAAUAUUCUUUCCCCCAAAACGGUUUCAUAAAAAUGUUUCCUAGGUUUUUACAGAACUAGAACUUCACAAUAAUUGUGCAGUAACAUUUCCCUUUGGAAGUUUUCUUGACUGCUGGGAGCGGGACAGGAAGGGUGUUUUCUGAAGCUCCAGUGACAUAGGUGGGCCUCUAAAACCAAAGGGAGUUGGAAAAGUAUUAUUCUUUGUUACUGCUGCUACAACUUCAGCCACAAGCCUAGUUGCUUGUGGUAAGUUAGCAUCUCUUCCUAAAAGGCAAAGCUUUUGUAAACUGGAAGACCCUGUGCAUGGCUUAGUAUCUUUUCAAGGAUUUGUUUCUGAAGCUGAAUUAUUGUAUCUAAUCAACCAAUCAAAUCGGUCAGUUGCAUACAUACAGUAAUCAAUAAAACGGAAAUAAAAAAUCUAAAUGCGCCUGCUUAAAGUUGCUGGGCACAACAUGCAGGGGGGGGGGAGUUCUGUCAGGAUUUAAGGUGUGCCAUGAUACAGGCUAAGUGUUUCUUUAUGGAUGUAGCACAGUCUGGAAAGGCUGGUUUGUCAUGGUAACCCCGGGCAAUUUCAUAGACGUUUCUGAUAAUCUUUCUUACUUACGUUAUACUGUACAGUAUAGCAAAUAUUUGUCCUGUGUCUGCUCGGUAAAAAGAAGUGAGGAAGAUUUGAGUAUGCAAAAAGUUGUAAAACUUAGUGGUCCUAACUUAGUUGUUUUUCUGCUUAUUUUGAACUGUCAGGACAUUUUUCCACUGGUUGGACCCCCCCCCCAAGUGUGUUUCUUGCUAUUUUAUUUGUUGGUUUGCUUUUUUUAAAGGCUAUUUUCUCUCUCUUUGAAUUUGUCAUGUGUGGCUUUUAAUGGAAUCCUGCCUGUACUUGCCUGUCUCUUUCUAGUGUAGGAUGCACUGUGGCAUUGCUUAUGCUCUGCUUUGAAGAGGAAUUGUUUGGUGUCAUUAAGAAAUAUAUUGGUCUGCCCUGUUCUCGUUUCUUUGUCCCAAAGCACAGCUAGGCUAUAACCAGGUAAAAAGUGCAGACCUUGUGUGCAGGGACCAUGUUCAGCAUCAUCCUGAAAUCAGACAUAUCUGGCCUCUUGCUGCCACCUAGAGAAAAAAUGGAAAAAUGACACAGAAACCCCAUUACUUGCGAAUGCAGUGGGAAAGUUAUUGUUAUAUGUAUCCUUUUGCUUAUUGUAUUUCUAAUGUAAUUAUAGCAAUGCACCAUUAUCACACUUUUUAUUCAAUCAGAGGAACACGUGUGUUGCGUUAUCUUUUGAGAGACGUGACAACUUUUGCAUCUUGGUCUUCAUGGCUUCUGCUUGCUUUGCCUGAUCUUGAGCCCAGGGGUGUGUGUGUGUGUGUGUGUGUGGCUGAAUAUCUACUUUGACUUUACUCCUGACACCAAAGGCAUGACAUGCGUAGAAUAUAAAGCUAUGUACCGUAAAUAUCUCCCUUUUGAGCAAGGUGAUAGACUAAUUUCACACUUGCCACUUUUGAGCUUCUGUCCUGCCAUCGGUAUAUGUGUGUGCAUUACAGAAAUGAGGUUUUAAAUGUGCUUCAUUCCCCCCCCCCAGUGGAAUCUCUUUUUGAAAUAGAGUUAAAAGUUAAUAAUUGAAGGAGACCAGGAUCCAAGUGUGUAAAAAGCACCUCUGAUAAAUCACCUUUCAGUAGCUCAGUCAGUAGAACAUGAGAUGAAAGAACGAAAAUCUCUUCCUUUUUUUAAUUAUGUAAUAGGGAAGUGGUGUUUGGAUGCACAGUCGGUCUCUAAGUGGUACACCUUGACUUUCUGCUGUUGUUCCUCUUAUAAGUUCCUUUAACUAGCAGAUAUAAGCUCUGUAAAAUUGUGUAGCUUCCAAUCCCAAAAGCAUGACUCAGUGCACAGGCCCUUGAUACAAAUUGCAUAUGUUAAUUUAUAUUUAUAGAUGCAAAUUUAGGUCAGCUUCCAGAGGAGAAUUUGCCUUGUAAAGCAAUGCAAUUUUAAAAGUUUUUUUUAAUCAAAAAAAUAAAGGCUAAGAAGAGACGGGAGAUUCAGGGCCAGGUGCAAAAGACCUUGGAUUCAAGCCCCCUGGGUCACACCCUAACAGUGUCCCUCCCCAAAAUGUUUUGCCCAUAAAAUUGUCAGUUUGGAAAACUCCCAAUGGCCUAGUUGAGGCAUAACUAUCCCAGCCCAACAAAUGAUGCUUUAUGAGCCUGGGAACUCGCACACCACCCCCUGCUCCUCACAUGCCCUGUUUCACCACAGAGUUCCUUGUUUCUUCAACUAGUUUCCCUUGACAUUCAAAUAGACAAAUUAUGGAUUACAGUGCAAUCACAGCCUGGAUAGCUAGUAGGUUAGAGCAUGGUGCUGAUAACACCAAGGUUGCAGGUUUGAUCCCCGGAUGGGACAGCUGGAUUUUCCUGCAUUGCAGGGAGUUGGACUAGAUGAUCCUCAGAGUCUCUUCCAACUAUAGGAUUCUAUGAGUCUAUGAAUCACAUACUUAUCUUCUUGGAAGCAAGUCCCAUUGAAUCAACGAGGUUUAUUCCUAGGUACAUGGGUGCAGGAUUGUAUCCUUAAAAACUAAGAUAGCUUCACUGGAGCAAGUAAGGGAAUGUGAGCUUGCAGGCUCCUGGGCCAGUAAACCAUGGUUUAUGUAAUCCAUUGCAUCUGUAUGAGGCCAAGAAGUAUUAAGAAUUACAGGUUUUGAGACAGUUGAUUUGAAUUAUUGUUGUGUCUUGAAAGAGUACAGUUACAAGUAUUUGCAGCUAAUUUGGGGCCUUGCCGUGACAUUAAUUUUCUGGUUUGAGCAUCUUAGACCUGGACUGCCUCUUUUGUGAGCAGCACCUGCUUCUCUUUGACUUUUUGGAAGGCGCUUGGUUGUUUUAGCCUUUGGGCUUACUUCUGAAUUUUCCUUAAUUUCAUUAGCAGAGGAUGCUUUAUGGGUACAGUUCUUCAAUCAGAAAUCUCUGGCCAGAGACUAGGACUAAAGAGAAAAGGGAAUAAGAGAUGUAGAGAGAAGUGGUAGGAAACUGCAGCAGCAGCAACCACAAUCACAGCAGGCACUGUAAAUGCAACAGAGACCUGAAGAAAUUAUGAUGGAACCCAUUUUAAGGUAGUUUUGCAAAUAUGAACUAGGGUGUCUCCCUCUCACUUGCCACCCACCCUCUGCUCAGCUCACCUGCUCUUUUUCUUAAUAUACUACUGCAAUUGUGUGUCACAACUCUUUCUCUGGGGGAAGGAGAUGUUCACAGAAACCACUUCUCAGCUGCUGUGAUGUUGGGUUUUGGAGGGGAAAUUGUCCCAUAGAAAUUAAGAGUAGUUUGGAUUUUCGCAUUGUGGAAUUUUCUGCCACCCUAGAGGGUGAUCAAAUUUUACAUGUUUAUUCUACCUGGAUUUGGUAUAAAUGAAGCUAAUUUUGAAGCUGCGAUUGGCAUCCUGCAUUGAACUGAAGAAACUGAAAAGUUUCCAUGGAAAAUCUACCCCAUUUUGCCACCCAGCUGAUAGGGUCUUCCCAUCCAGGAAAUGGGAGGCACUAGGAAUGCCGUGAGCCUGCUUUCCUCUGCCAAGAAAUGAAGAAAGCUGAGGAGUCCCUGAGCUGCUCUUCUGGGCCUUCUACAUUGGGGAAAUGCAUUGGAAUGCUAUGCGUGCUGUAUGUGUCUUUCAUUUCUCAGGAGUGUGGAUGGGCAAGAUUCCUCUCAGGCUUUUUGUUUUUUUGGGUGGGGAGAAAUUGGUUUAUUGCCAUGGAGGCCAAGCAAGUACCUAUUUAAACAUUGAUUUCUACGGUGAAGUAGGUGAGGGAUGCACAUAAGAUUGUUCAAAUACUAAGGAGAAAUCCUAAGCUGUGUCGACUUGGUCUAUUCAUGCCAUCUUUAGCAUCAAAGCAGUGUGUUAAAAAACCACCCACAGCAUUCUUAACGACAGAUGGACCACAGCCUGUUUAGUGCAAUUAGCAUUGUACUUUGCUCCCACUGGUGAGCGCAAAGAGCUGGAUCCAGAUCGAGGACCAAGAGACAGUCCUGGCAAAAUUCUAUUUCUGAGCAGAUUUAAAUGAGCUUGUUUUCAUGAUAACAAACCAUUACCUCACUUCAAUAAUGGGUUUAUUUACACAAAGAGUACAUUUCACCUUGGGAUAAUUAACUUUGUUAGGAGUGUCAAUAUUGGGACCUUAGCUAGAAACAGUGAAGUUUGUAGCGUAGCAGCGACCUUUAUGUGCUCCCUCCUUCCUGCCCAGUUAGGGUUCUUGGCCUUAGGGGCUCUAGCCAUGUAAACACAAAAUGAAGAUUCUGACUUGGGAUAAUCCUAAAUGAACAUUUUCAUAUUCAUAGCUUUGAUGGAAACAAAUCUGAAGAUGGAAGCUCUUUCUUUCUCUUUCUCUCUAGUUGGAUUAAAGUUUGUGCCUCAGUUUUCCUGAUGGGCUGAUCAGUAAAAAUAAAAAAUGGAAUAUUAUAACAGAAGGAAUGAUCCACAGAAAUAUUGGAGUCAGGCAUAAAGAAGGGGCAGAGAUUAGAGAGAAUCUACAAAUAUAGUGCUAGAAAAUCUUUACCGUAGUUUAUUUUCAUUGAUGCAGUUGAGUUUCCACGGAAACUGGAUCAAAAAGCCCCAUUGCAUGUCAACUAGCAUAUUUGAGUGCGAUUUUCAUGCACUUUGUUGUCAGAUAAAACCUGCAACUACUGGUUUUACAAGCCAUCUUCUACUUCUUUUAGAUGGUUUUUAGUUUUUAUGUAUGGUACUUUUAGAAACUGGUAAGACAAAAUAAGUAUCUUCUAAAUGUUCCCUUUGGCAAGUGGCAGGCUUGCUGGAAAAGAGAGAAUACUUUUAUUCAGAGUGUGUAUUCACUGGAUUGUGUUACAAGACCAGUUUAAUUAAACUGGAGGUGUAAACUGACAUAGACUGGAAUGUUGUGCACUUACUGGGAAGUAAGUUCUGUAGAACUAAGUUGGACUUGCUUCGGAGCAAAUGCACACAGGGUUGGGCUCUUAGGCUUCAUUUACUAGUAGGCCAGGCCCAUUGGCUUAAUUGGAACUGAAUCACUGUAUCUGCCGUUGGAGAAAAUAAAUAUAUCCUAAUUCUUUGAGUAUGUAAAUAUUAGAGCAAAUCAUGAAUGAUGUGAAGUUGACUAGGAUGUUGAACAUUAAUAUCAUGAAAGUAUAAUAAGAAACCUUGUUCAGAAGCUAAGUGUUCUCUCCUUUUCUCUCUUGUGCUAGGAGGGGUGUUUGUGGCCUUCCGACAGCUCAUCUUCACGUCGGGGAGCUUCCGAGGUAAGCUCUCAUUCACACUUCAGAACUUCCAGAAACUACGUUUUUGUUAAUAGCACAUAUUUCCCCCUUGUGCUGUGACUGCAGUUUUGCAGUCAAUUUCUGUCAGUUCAACUUAACUUCAAGUCUUAAGCAUAUGUGGUGCUGGGGUGCAAAGAUCUGCCCCCCCCAGGUUAUCCAGUCCCAGGUGAGCAGGAGGACAGAGCCGGCUGCCUCAGUGUCUCCGAACUCACAGCGCAGAGCCGCCCGCAGCAGAAGAGCCCACCGUGGCGCUCCGACCAACGGACAGGCUCUUCUCUGGACUCAACUCUUGGGCCCCGGACUCUCGGUCUGGCGCCCCUGAGAACCCGGCACCCAGGCACCCCACACCCCUAGUGCCUAUGCUUCCAGUGUGUAGAUUUCCACACAGUUUUCCUAAAAUAAGUGGGAUCUUUGAGAGAGGAAGUGGUUUGUACAGUGUUACCUUGGUCUAUGAACAGCCUAGUUCACAAUUUGGAAUACAAACACUUCAAAACUGGAAGAAGGUGUUCUGGUUAACAAACUCUUUUUGGAAUCGAACGUACUCUGUUUGGGAGUGCACUUCCGUUUUGAGUGCCACACUUCCAUUGUCCGACAGUGGAGAAAGCGGUCAUCAUGGUGUUUCCCGCAGCCACGAGGGAGGGGAGCUGCGUGCCCGCCAGCCAGCUGGUUUGCAGGUGCGCAGCUCCCCCCCCCCAUGCCGCUGCGGGAGGCGCGCACUCUAGGGAGCAUUUCCCACAGCAGCAUUGGGGGGUGGGGAUCUGUGUGGAUCCCAGUUCGGCUACUGUUUGAUUGGUUGUGUGACUGCGGAAAUGGAUAAAAGCCCCCCCAUCCAAACAAUGACUAUCAUCAGUGCAGGUAAGAAAUUUUUUUAGUUUUCAUUUUUAUCAUCCACAAUACUGUUUUAUUUUAUAGUAUAGUACAUUGAUUAUUGCUUUCAUUUUAUGGAUCAAUGGUCUCGUUAGAUAGUAAAAUUCAUGUUAAAUUGCUGAUUUAGGGGUUGUUUUUAAAAGUCUGGAACGGAUUAAUGCAUUUUGCAUUACUUUCUUUGGGAAAGCACGCCUUGGUUUAAGAACAGACUUCCGGAACAGAUUCAGUUCGUAAACCAAGGUACCACUAUGUAGAGCUCCUUGGGCCACAGGUCCUCCUCAGGUGUUGUACACUGGCUAGGGUUCAAGGAAUCGAAUCAAAGACCCACUGGAGAAUAUAAUUUUGGAUCAGAAGUUUCCUAAGUUUUAGAAUUCAUUCAAUUUGUCUGAUUGGUUAAAUCUAAUUUGUUUGCAGAAGUCUUGUCCUAUGACUGAAACUCAUCCGUGCCCUUUUCCUUGGCCCAGAUGCUUGGGUUAUAUAAGACAUCUUGGAGAAUAUCAUCCAGGAAAAUAACCCUUUAUGAUGCUGCUUCCACGUUAUUCUACCCCACACCUGUUAUGUGUCCUGUACUGAGUAUGUCUAAUACAUGUGUGAACUAGGUUUUAACUUUAUUGAUUAGUUGAUGCCUCCUCCUUCACACUGCAGAUCAUGUAUGCCCCACGGUCCAGAGACAGGUUUACUGCUCCAUCCUUUAUGCAGAGGGAACAUUUCAGCCGCUUCCAGCCAACCUACCCAUACAUGCAGCACGAGAUUGACCUCCCUCCUACUAUCUCCCUCUCCGAUGGUGAAGAGCCGCCACCAUACCAAGGGCCAUGCACUCUGCAGCUUCGGGACCCAGAACAACAGAUGGAACUCAACAGAGAAUCUGUGAGGGCACCACCCAACAGAACUAUAUUUGACAGCGACUUGAUAGACAUUUCAAUGUACAAUGGGGGCCCGUGCCCACCAAGCAGCAAUUCGGGCAUAAGUGCAACCAAUUAUAGCAGUAAUGGAAGGAUGGAAGGACCACCCCCGACUUACAGUGAGGUCAUGGGGCAUUACCCAGGUUCCUCUUUUUUCCAUCACCAGCAAAGCAACGCCCCUCCUUCGUCACAUAGGGGGAGCAGACUUCAGUUUCAACAGAACAAUUCGGAGAGCACAAUAGUCCCAAUUAAAGGCAAAGACAGGAAACCAGGAAACCUUGUCUAGUUUCCUUUUCCAUAUGCACUUGAAGAGAUGGAAGAAUCAAGCAGGAGCAUGGUAGAAGUUUCUAUGCCCCUGUGCACAAUAUUGUUUUAAGUUUCAUGUGAUGCGGUUUCGUAAAACCAAACGUGCAAAGCUGUUGUUUCUGAUUCCUUUCAGGGGAAUUGCAUGAAAAGUGGUUUGAAACAACUACAACCUUCCAUUCAGUUUGGCCAUGAGCAGUGUUCUACUUUUCUUUUCUUUUUGGGGGUGGGUGGGGGAAUAUAUUAUUAUUAUUUUAAAUAAACUAUUUGAAUUUAUUUAAUUAUAAGAGGUAACUUAGCACAGAAAUAUGGCUUACACAGCCAGUUUUAUAUUGAGUGAAUGGCUAAAAGAAGAGGACAAGAAAGGGUUACUAGUUAAAUGGGGGCAAAAUUGGCCAGUUUGCUAUCCUUACCCCGCCCUCCCAGAAGUGUGAAUUUUUUAUCUGACUCAGCAUUUCUGUUUUGUGUGCCAAGGUAUAAAGUUAGGGAAAAACCUAGAUGAAUACGAGGAGUUAAUUUGUGUUGUGAUACAAGUGUAUUAAAUUUGCACUAUAUGAGAACUGUUUUACAUGAAGUUCUUCUAUAUGUUGUCUUUUCACCUGUGGAAUAAUGAUUAGCCCCUAGGAACCCUCUUCAGAAAUUUGUCUAGGCUUCUGUUGAUUAAUCAUUGAAAGGGGACUUUGAUUUAAUCAGAUCUUUUACCAUUUUCCAUAAAUAAAUAAACAGCAAAAGACAUCUUAACAUGUUACCCUUUGCAAUAAUUUUUGCAUUCAAACGGGACAUUGGCAAGUUGUCUUAGAAAUUUAUGAGUGGAAGAAAGCAAAUGUGAAAUUACAGACGUUUCCUUUAGGUGGUUUUUGCUAUAAGCCAUUUGUUUAACUAGAAGCAGAUAAAAAUGCCAGAUGCAUUUACCUUUUUGUGUGUGAUUAUUACUAAAUCUUAUUGCUUGUCCCCCUCUCUUAAAAAAUAAUAAUAAUGCAGUGUCCUUGUUACCUAAAGCUUCUGCAGAUUUUUAUCUUCACUGGAGCCCAUAAUCAGUUGCAUAGCCUGACAUCCUACAAUAAAUGGUUUAAACAUACAUUAUGAGUUUUUGCUGUUAAAUUGCACUUUUGUUGUGCUUUUCCUAUUAUCUUUUGUGUGCUAGAUCAGACCUCUGUAAGGCCUUUCCCUAGUAGCUUCCAUUUCUUCUGCUAGUUUGACAAUGCUAAAGCGGUUGUUUGCAGAGCUUGCACCAUUAGAAUGCUACGGGGAAUUGUUUGGGAAUCUGAGUUAAUCAGUUUUGUAAUUGGUUAAUCAUGUCUUCAUGCACUGAUCUGAACUGGUUUAUGUCGAGUGUGCAAACAGUUGUGUAAACUUGUUUUUAGGAUCAUGCUGUGUCAUGUUUUUGAAAAUCAUUUAGAACUGUACCAUAUAUAUUAUUAAUUUUUUAAAGAAGAUGCAGCCUAAGGCAUCCCAGUGAAUUUGUAUUUCAUUCUGUGAUUGAUCACCUGUGUUGCAAAUGAAAUUGGAAGGUAUUCCAAAGGGGACUGGUUGUGAAAACAAAGCACACACAAAGCACAAACAGGUACUUCAAAUGCAGUUAACAAAUGAACUUUAAAAGAAAGCGUCUUAAAUUUUGAUAUUCCUGAGAGAGUUUUAGCUGCAUGGCAAAGAUUUCCCUUGGAAGUCUCCCUUUUAUAUAGUCGUUAAGGGCACCAUUUUGCAAACUCGAACAGCUGACAGGUGCACCAACUAUUGUAAUGAGCUGCACUGUAGCCCUUGCUCAGCUUGAUGAAGUUUGGAUUUCUGUUGAACUUCACAAACUAAAGGAAUUUAAGAUUGAAACCUGAUUGCCGAACGGAGUCUCUGAUCUAUGCAGAGUUUUUAUGCCAAAUCAGCAUGUGUGGUGUAUCUGUGCUUUAGAUGUUUUCUCUGUAUAAAUAUGCUUUCAUUAAUCUAAGGUGGCUUGUGAACUUGAUGACUAGCUUGAGGGACAGUCUAGCUAAUAAUCUAAAACCACAGAAGCUUUUUGUGAGCUGACCAGAGCCCACUUCCUCAUUGUCCUAAAGUAGCCAUGAUUUAAAAGCUCUUUUUCUCAUCUAAGUAAGCGAGGCUGACUUGCAUACCUCUGUCUGUCAUGUGUUAACUAAAUAUCUCGUGAUAGCUUAGUUGUGUGAACAGCCACUACAAGUCGGCUAUAUUGAAGUUCUUGCUUUUUGUGAAUGCUGUUCCUUUCAAGGGAGAUAAGCUUAUAAGGUGAUUUAGUAGUAUCCAUUUAAUAAUAUCCACUGGACUCUGUUCAGUGAGACUAAAUGACCAGCUGUUCUUCAGCUCCUGCCUAAUGUGAUUUCCAAGUGAGAUGUUUCUGAACUUAAUAUUACAGAAUUAAAUGGUUAGAGAUGGGGCAUACCUUUAUAUUAUAAUUUGGAUUUAAAGUUUACACAUGGGUUAAAUUAGUUUGCAUCUGUAGAAAGUUUCUCCUGUUGUAUGAUCUGAUAAUUUAUUCAAACCUCUAAGGUCUUUGCAUUUCAGCAGUCGUUAAUUGGAACUCAGCUGACGCUAAACUGGUACUUAUUGGAUCAACCGAUGGGCAAGUAGGUGUUGGCAUUAGAUCACCUGGACUCCAAAUUUCCUCCCUGCUUUGCCAAGAAUGUAUUCCAUAAAAGGUAAUGCUGUUGGAUUUGGUCUAGUGUUAAGUUUAAGCACUGAUCUGCAGAGGGUUAGGAUUAUUUCUAGGUGGCUGCCACAAGUUCCUGAGCUCCCCCGAUUUCCUGUGUUUGUUCAAAGGGUUUUAUUAUUUCAGAAAGCUCUACAUCGUUCAUGCAUUUGGCGUGAGGGCUUAAAGAUAUAUGCAUAUUCAUGAGCAGAUGCUUACCCCUGAGAUGGCCCAUCGUUAUGUGUCUAAGCAGUAUCAAGGCUGAAACAUCUUUCUCAUUUAUACAUAAUCUCCAACUUAAAUAUAUGAGACCACAUUAAUGUCUUCCUGAGCUGGGACAAUCUCUGCUUGGCUGGCUGUUGGGUUCUUUCCUCCUUUUUCCUUUGCUGCAUCUGUGAGUAUUGAGACGUUUCUCCUUUGUUGCUGUCCUUUUUCGCACCUGCAAGGGCAUUCCUGACAUAAUGAAUUUGAUCCCAGGUUCAUUAAUGAGAACAAAGUUUGUUUAGCAUCUUGGAUGAGAAUUGCUAGUGAGCUUAGAAGUGCGUAAAUUCUAAUGUGCUGCUUUGUGCAUCCUUUGUACUUGCUUCAGGACAAGACUUAAUGUGGCAUGGAUUCUUUUUUUUGGGGGGGACAGAUAUUCUUGAAUGAGGUGGGAAGGGAUGUCAAGGGGUGGAUCGCUAUGUUUAAAAUGCAAGAUAAUUUCUUAAAUCAAAACAAAUCCUGACUUGGUGCAGGAUGACUUCAAAAAAUCAGUUCUAAGCUGAAAAUCUCAUCAACGCUACAUCUGAAAACAAGUGCUCUCCCAAGCAGGCCCAUGUAGUGUGUGUGUGGGGGAGCCAGAUACAUUUGCCCCAGGCCUCGGGUUUGGGAGGGGGGGCUCACCAGCAGCCUGCUGGACCUACACUGUUUGAGUUUAUAACUUUAUUCCAACAAGACUCCCACCUCCGGCCUCAGACAAGCGCUACAGAGGCCUGCUCCCAAAUAUUGCACCCAAGUCUUGGCAAAUAAUAGCAAAAGCUGGUCAAGAUUAUUUUGAUAUCUGAGGUAGUCCCUCUCCUUAACAUUAAAAGCACACAGACAGACUGUUGCCCUUUCAGUUCAUCCAAAAUCAGCUGCUUGAAGUGGCUGUCUCUGUGUCAGGGUGGGGCUGGUCCUGCCCAAAGGCUAGCAAUAUGAAACAUGAAAAGUGUGUAUAGACCACAAAAUCAAGGUCCCAAACCUUUUCAUGUUUAGCAUCAUUCAGAAGGGAGCAUCUUCUCUUUAUAGAGACACACACAAUGCUCAAACCAACCUAUGACAGAAAGGAUGUGUGGAAACUGGCUGCUCCAUUUUAUUGUAGACUAUAUGCAAGAGGGGACUGAAACCCAACUUUGAGGAUUAUCCCUUGUCAUUUUUCUGUUAGUGUGUGGCAGUCCCCCAAACGUCAGAUAUUAUGCAGGAGAAUAAUGCAAAAAAUAGUUUCCUUUUUCACCUCUCAAGCUUAUUUCAACUAGGGCUUGAGACCAUGUACAAUCAAGGAACACUUGAUUUUUAAGAUUGCUUUUAGUUUAGUACAGAUUAAACUAUUUUGCAGCAUUCUUUAAUUGGUUUUGAAAAUCAAUUGUAUCUAAAUCGAGUUCUUUCAAAAUUUGCAGUGUUAUCUUCCGUUUCUCCUGUGGAGGAGAGAAAAAUUCGCUAGUAUUAACAGACUUUAUUCAACACUUUUGUUAAAGGCCUGCAUAUAUGGGAUCACUAUUUAAAAUGUUAUAAAUGCCUCUUCCUAGGAAGGAAAUGAUAAAGGUUUAUGUGGCGAUUCCUAUUGAGAACUCUAGAAGAAUUCUAGCUCAGAACUAGCUCACAACUUCUUCACUUGUGAAAAUGGUGAACUGAGGGGCUUAAGGUGGUAAGAUAAUUUAGCCUAAAUUUGAGAAGUUGUUUUAGGACUCUUUUAAUUGUGCAGUUUAAAAGUGAAAGUUAAGUGUUAUAAGAAAGUACCAAUAGGAGCUACUUAUUUCAUUGCACUCCAUGUACAUUUUCAGGGCUUCAUUGCUACUUGUUCGGUGUUGGGCAUGAAAUUAAGUUACAUCUGUUAUGUCUUCCAGUUCCUUUACACAAAAUACUGAUUGGAUAUGUUUAUGAAAUAGGGGCAUUCCUUGUAUACCAUAACCUCACACCACUUUGCACAAUGAGUUCUUUGUAUGUAGAACAUUUAAAGAUGCAUCUAGAUUUGUGUGUUUGGAGUGAUACUAACAUAUGCAAACCACACAGGAGCUUUACCAGUCUUCACAUUUAUUCUUGCUAAUCAAAAUGGCAGUCUUGAGCAUCAGCUCAGUGGACACAUUCCAGAACAGUGACUUGUAAUGUGCAACAAACAGAUACUGUUUCUGGUUGGUACCACUUUUCUUGUUUUGGCAUGAUAAUGCUAAAUCAACAGGGGCAGGUGGUGUCAUCAGGAUGCAGUAAGUCUUCGGUCCGCUGAAGCUGCACUAUAGCAUGACUGCUAGAAAUUCUAUUUUCUUGUUUUGAAACAUCAUGCAUGCAGAAACUCAAAACUGCCCCUGCAGUUUCAUAUGUCCAAGAGAUCUCAUACUGUUCAGUUAACUGCAUGCUCCUUGGCCAAGAAAAACCCCAGAUCACUUUGCUGUUCUGAAAAUACUGUUUUAUCACACCAUAAUUUAUUUUUGUUCUUGUGCCUGUGUAAUGUAUGACACAGAAUCGUAAUAUUUAGGCAUUUAAUGUUUUUCAAGCUACAGACUAAACUAGGGAGGCAGAGGUGUUUCCUCCCCCCAUACAAAUCAAACCCCUUGCUACAACAUCUCUCAUAUUCCAACUUUUGGAUAGCUUUAGUAAAAAAUAAGCUUCAUUUAUAUAUCUUUUUAAUUUGGAGGGAAACUUUGUUGUGAAACAAUGCUACCUUUGCUUUAUAGGCAUGGAGGUAGCUGGGGAUGGCGGAACCCUUUGAAAAUAUUAGAACACUUAACUCAGUAAAAAAAAAAAGUCUCUAAAAUGAUGUGCAAUGCACAGAAUUGUUCAAGUUGUUAUUUUGACAUAAUUUCCAAAUGGCAGUGUAGUGAAGCCAAUGGAAUUUCUAUAUAUCACUUCAAUAUUUGCUUUUGUAGAUACAUUGAAUGUCCUGUCUAUUCAGAUUUUAUAAACUUUUUCUAUACUAUUCCAGAGGUUUGGUAUGGAUUUUUUGAAUGGUAUAAAUCAACUAAUUAAGCCUUUUUGCCCUUAGAGCUACAAAUUUGAGAGGAGCUGGUAAAAGGCAGAAGUGUUUGUCACGAGAAUGCAACAAGUAUUUGGUCAGGUGAUUACUUCUAGUUAUUUCUUCUUUUCAUAUGUUCUUCUUGUUCAUAUAUUUCUUGCUGGGACACGAGUGGUGCUGUGGUCUAAACUACUGGGUCUCUUGGGCUUCCUGAUCGGAAGGUCAGUGGUUUGAAUCUGCUUGAUGGUGGUGAGCUCCCGUUGCUCUGUCCCAGCUUCUGUCAACCUAGCAGUUUGAAAGCACGCCAGUGCCAAGUAGAUAAUUAGGCACUGCUGCUGCGGGAAGGUAAAUGGCGUUUCAGUGUGCUCUGGUUUCCAUCACGGUGUUCCUUUGUGCCAGAAGUGGUUUAGUCAUGUGGCCACACCACCUGGAAAGCUGUCUGUGGACAAACGCCGGCUCCCUCAGCCUGAAAGUGAGAUGAGCACAGCAACCCCAUAGUCGCCUUUGACUGGACUAAACCGUCCAGGGGUCCUUUUUUAUAUUUCUUGCUACCCCAUACCCCACCCAGGCAUAUGUGUGAGAACUUUCAUUCCAUGCAAGAUCUCUCUUCUUUGCAAGUGUCCUGUCCAGGACUACUUUUGGAUUCAUGCAAGUAGAAAAGCAUCUUUUUGAACCUAUGGAAGCAGAAUCAGCAACACCACACAAUCACUACCUUGUCUGUGGGUGUAGUUUGGUCAAUACUUGCUUUUUAAUUUUGAUCGUUACCUUCCUAAAGAAAAAUGAGCAAAGGUUUUUCUUUUUUAAAAAUCCGCUCUUUGCCUUCAUUUCACUGUUUGCUUGCCAGCGAAUAUUACUAAAAAAUUCUGUUAAAUCCAUUAUUUUCUUUCUCAAAAGUGUAUGUGCACCUUUGUGUAUGUGUCUGUCUAGAUUUGGCUAGGAAGAAUGCAAUUUUCCUCCCAUUCUUUGAAUGGAGGCAUGGCAAAAGUAAUUUCUUCUUGUCCUCUGGUAUGAUCCUUGGGGGAAGUUUGUGGCUGCCAGGUAGUUUCUACUGCUACUAGUGCUUAGAAUUGGAUUUGAAAAUAUAUAUGGCUAAGGCCAUCAAGCAAGGCUUAAUUUUUCUUGUUUUCUAGAACUCCAUGGAAGAUUUCCCUUCCUAAAUUAACUCUAAUUAAUAGAAUGCUAUUGUUGUUGUUCCAAGUCUUCCUAGAGACAGGGCUCAUUCAUAUACAUUUUCCUUGAUGGAUAGGCUACUUAGUAUAUAUUGGAAAAGUGCUUGCUACAGGCUUUGGGGACUAUGUCAAACAAGUGUUCCCUAAAAAUAAAGAGGCCCCUAUAUGGAGACUGAUGCUUGCAAUUUGGAUGACCCCAAUGGCUUAAGACAAGUGAGUUUUGUGUGACAAGGUAUAAAAAGACAAUGACAUUCUUUAGUUAUGCUGACAAAGGAACCACCCAUCAUUUGCCAAAAUAAGGAUUUAUUCUCUCCCCCCCACUGAAUUGUACCCUCCUUCCCUGGCACCCGAGGGGCAUACUCUUAAAAGCACUCUGAAGGUAAUCAGAUUAUCCAAUUAUUGACUUGUAGUGAAACGGUAUACUUUAUGGCCAAACUAACCAUUUCACUUACGGACUUUCCAUAAUAGACAGGCUUACUCACUACUUUAUUUGAACAUACUCCUGCUGAAGUCAGUGGUAUGGUAAAUUGCCUUUUGAAUGCCAGUUUUGAAGGUGGCUUUACUUUUUUAGGUGAUUCAUUUGCCUGGUUUAAUUUUUUUCUGAUAAUAUUACAGUGAUGACAACUACCAGUGUCAAAUGUUAGAACUACAAAUAUAUUGGUGAAAGCUCUCAUACUGUCUUUUAUUGCUUCUUUCUGUUCUGAAGAACAAAUGGAAGUGCUGAGACUAGUUGGAACAUGUCUUAAACAAGACCAAACACAAAUAUUUUCCCCAGCUUACAUGAAUUUUGGUGGUUCGAAAUCCAAUACACUGAAUAAUAUCCAACUCCCUUUUAAUGCUAGAAAACUGUCCAUUGGCCUACGGGAAAAUCUUUUAUUCCAGUCCCACCAAACGUGUGUAUUGACAAUGAUGGCUGUUGAGUCGUCCAGUUGUAUUCAUGAAAGUCUGUUCCAUUCAAAUUGGCAUGGGUUUAAUUUGAUGUAAUUCUGUGUAGGAUCAGGCUGUUUGUUGCAGUAUUGCUGCUGCUGCUUUAAGUAGAGUUGGCAUGUGAGGUUCUUUGUUUGGAUACAACAUGGUAUGUGCUAGGAUCUCAUUUCCAUUUCCCUCCCCACCCCAUAUCUUUGCCCUUCAAAUAAAUAAAUAUUUUGUCGGUGUUUGUCCCAUACGUUAUGAAAGGAAUAUGACUUAAAUGUAUACAUGUGUGUAUAAAAUAUAUCAUUUGGAGGUAUGCACGAUUAUAGUUCAUAAGCAACUAAGGUGCCUCAAGUUCAGGAACCACCCCCCUUGCACUCUCUAGGCUUGAAACUUCAAAGGCCAUUGAAAUCAGUAGAAACAUUCCCAGUGACUUGAGUGAUCCUUUGAAUCGAGCCUGUUCUCCCAGCUUUGUUGUGCCUCACUGAAAAUGGUGCUUUUUUUGGUCAUCCGUCUCUUCAAUUUUGAUUUUUAAGGGUGCUGUAUAUAACAUGAAUAUAUUAUGCACAUAUCCUACCCAAUGGGUAGAAAAACGAAACAAAACCCAUUGUUAAUAUUGUAACAUAAUGUAUAGAAGAUAACUGUUUAAACACAAAAAGGCAUAGAACUUGUGAAUGCCUACUUAUGUGCUUCGUCCUUUUUUGUAAGAAUUUGCAAAAGAAUGCAUACAAAGGACAGGAAGUCCCAUGUAUUUUUAUUUUCCUAUGAAAUAUCAAAGUACUAUAAGGGAAAAAAAAGUUUGAACAAACCACUUUUGAUUAUUAGCCUGUUGAUGAUAAUUGGUUGCUUGAUGCAUCUCUGCUGUAAGGAGUCACUUGUGAGUGGUGUUUGUGUGUGUCACUUUAAAUGCAUAAAUACUUAAUGUUGUAGCUAGCUGCUGAUUUUUCCUUGUUGCUUUACUUGUUAUGAGAUUAGACCAGCCUUGGCUUCUUUUUGUUAUUUAUGACACGAUCAACCUAGAGAUGGGCUGAAUCCGAAGAACACCUAUAUUUGAAAUGCCAGCAUUUUAAAAUAAGAUUUGGUUAAAGCAGGAACUUAAUUCCAAACCACCCUUCAAAAUGUAAGAUGGACAAGCAUUUUUGUUUCACAGGAGCAGGGGUUUUUUUUUGCCAUUUUAAAUUUGGUGUGUGGUCCAGGCAGUGAUCUUAAGGGGGGCAAAUUGGUGUUCCCUGCACAUCUUUCCUUUGCAGUAGGAAUGUGCUGGUCACUGUGAUGCAAGGCUUGCUAUCCAGUCCUUAUAACCCAAGUGAUAUAAGGAAUAACACAUACUGCUGCUACCCUCCCACAAAAAUAACAGAAUUUUGCAGCUUCUCCACUCCACAAACUUUCAUGCACUUUUCAUUUUAGUGAACACAAGCACUGCCAUCUUGAUGUGUCUUCCCAACUUAUCCAUCGUGUGUGUGUGUGUGUGUUUGUGACAGACAAGAUUUUAAAAGGUUCUGGUUGCCCAUUGCAGGUUGAACUUGGGAAUGCUUGACAUUAUGGUGACUUUUGAAGGAUGCAAGCUACUUUUCUUGCAAGACCUCUUUUUCUGGCCAAUGGAUUUUUUUCUUUCUUUUCUUAUGAAAGAGUCUAUUGCAUUUUUUUUUUUUUUGCUUUUGCGACUUCGUUUUUAAUUUGGAUAAUGAGACAGGACUUAGACCCUUGAUGUGAACAAGGAAAAUAUUGUUUGGUGUGGCAGGUGCUGUGCUCAGCAAGGUUGCCUUGGCAGUACAAGUUCACCAUCUGUCUGCACUGUAUCCUGCUUCUGCAGCUUAGGCUUAUUAGGCAAAGCAAAUACCUCAGAAAAAACUAAGGCAGGUUUUUAGUGUUGAAGACAGCAGAAUAUUGUAAUUAUUUUUCUUUCUUUUUUUUUAAAGGAACCCUUUUCAAUAUCCUUGUUGGUUCACAGCUUCAGAAUGACCUUGUUACUCAAGAGUGUGAAAUUCGUUUCUCUAACAAGUCUAUGUUUUCCUCCUCUUGAGUGACACGGUGAUGAUGUGGAUGCCUUUCAGGUUAAACUCAAUAGAACUAUCCUAGUCGGUCUCUUCUAGCCCACCCCCAGCAAAGCUGGACCACAAAUUGAUGCUUGACCACACCUUUGUUGACUUAACUUACGGGAAUGAAGAGAAGUCCUCCAUGUCUCGUGGUGGCUGUGUUCUCAGGAGACAUUGUGGCUUUCAAAGGCUGUGCUUAAAAAGUUUUUUUUGUGUGUGUUUGGCUGCCCUUGUCAGCAAUCAUUAUCCAGGUCAUUGCCGGAGGGACUGAUCCAAAUCUGAGGAGCAAUCUGCAUUGUCUUUCACAGUGGAGGUCAACAAGGCCAAACAAGUUCAGAAAUGUGUUCUUUGCUAAGCUCUUAAUAGCAUAUCGUUACUUCUGUACCAGGCCUGCAGUUUUGCUUGUUGAUAUCCUUCUAGGAAAUAUAUACUUCUGUCCUGUACCAGGAUACUAAUUGCUAUCCCCAUCCUCAAGUACUGUGGUGUUUGUGGCGCUUUCAUAUUUUUGCCAUGUGUUCUGUUCUUCCACCUCUACACCCACACUAGAUAUUUUUAAGUAGCCUCCCAAAAACUUGUGUGCACGGUUUAAAUAUUGUUUGUUCAUUUGGUUGGGAGAUGGAGUGCUAACCUUUUAAACUUUUGUUGUGCUGACCAUAUCUUUGCUCGCUCUGCGCUAUUGUGAUGUUCUCCAGAGUAGAUGAAACCUUGCAUGUUAGUGAACUGUGUGCAGGGUGGUAUUUAGCAUGCAGGUUGAAAAUUGCAAUAACAAAAUGUUUUAUACCGAUUGGACCAAAAAAACCCAACACCCCCAAACCCUCAAAACCCUUCUUUUUAAAAAUAAUCAAUCUGCUUUGAAUCUGCAGUGAGGAAAGAUAUGAUAAAAACCUGUCAAGUAGACCUGGAGCUCCGUUCAGACUUUGCCACUUAUUAGAUAUCUAUCAUUUUAAAUCAAACUUUAGCCCCCCACCCCACCCCACAACAACCUGCAUACAACCAAACACUUUCCCUCUGGAACAAGAGCUUAAAGGCAUGUUGUUAAGACGGCAAAAAUUAAAACAGACUUUAUCAGAGUAACUAUUUUCUUUACGUGCAGUACUAAAGCAAUUUACACAUUACCAGAGACCUUGGUCUUCAAAUAGCAAAUAAUGUUUCUAUUGUUUGCACACUAACUUGGCUAUUAGAUACUGAAUUUACUGCUGCAUUCAUGCCUGCUUUCAGUACACUUUAUUAUUAUUUUAGUGUUAAUUUUCCAGCCUAUAAUCUGCGUUACACAAUAAGGUGCAUAUGCUUUGUUGCUUUCCAAACUGGGUCAUAUGUUCUGCUUUUAUGUCUGCCUCGGUUGUUUGUGUGUGUGUGUUCAUUUUCUUUGAAGUUAUUCCAAAAAUACAAAUAAUACAGCACUAUCUACAAUAUUUAGUCUUUCAUUUAAACUUUUUUAAAGGUAUCUGGGGGGAAAUAAAAAAAAAAAACAUGGUUUAUAUUCAAAUUUAUUGGUAGUGGUUCAUGUGAAACUACAAGGAAUCUUAACUUGCUUUAAGCUUCUGUUGUUCCCUUUAACCUCAAUUUGCUGCUUAAUUUCUAAUGUAACUUCCAGUUAUAUGCAGAAAAAGAUUUCAGCAGUUGUGUACCUGCCUCCUUUUAACUGAGCAAAUGGUGAUGUUCUAGUUUUUAGACCUAAGGUCUGUUAUUGCAAUACUUUUAAAGGAAAAUGUUGCUCUAAGUGCUGUUGUUAGUUUUAAAUACAGAUUUUAUGCUUGUUCUUAAGGAGCUGUGGUCAAACCACAGAACAAAGCUAUUAAAAAAUCAAGAUGUUAAUUGGUCUCUUGUUCAGUUUUUUCUUUUCUCAAACAGAUGACGCUCUAAAAUGAGGGGGCGGGAAGCUUGAAUAUACUCUGGAAAUGCAACAUACAUUUAAAACCCAUGACAUCCCCCAAAGAAUCCUGGGAAGUUUUGUCAACUGUGCUGGGAACAGUAUACUCUAUGAAAAGGAAACUACAGGUCUUGGGAUUCUUUGGGGGAAGACCUAGGCUGUAAAUUUCUUUUGGAUGCAGUGUGAAUUUGCUUCCUGCUAUAGCUCAUAUUGAGUUAAUGUAUGUUGGGAGGGGGAGGAGCCUGUGAAAACUGUCGAACUGUAGCAAAAAGUGAUAACUACAGCAAAAUGGGUUAAUAUCAGGACAUGCCCAGAUAGGCUGAUUGGAAAAAACAUAAGAUUAGCACCAAGAAGAACGUUUCCUUGGGCAAUAAACUGCUUGUUCCAACAGCAUAAUCUCCCUCCCCUCCCACACUGUGUGGUGUUUUGGGGCUUCUCUCCACCCUAGAUCUUGGGCGGGGAGGGGGAGGUCUAACUGUGCUAGUUCUGCUGGUUUCUGCUAGUGCAACAAUUUAGUCAUAUAGGACUCAUUGGUUUUAAACUUAUUUACUAUAAAAAUUAAAUAUAUCCAAACCUACUUUUACUGAAUCCUCUGGGUAUAUCUUCCAACAACACUUUUGAGAGAGUUGGUUUCUUCUCCCUGUCCCCCAAAGCUUCAUUUUAUAGAUUCCACUAAAGAAGAUAAAAGCUAAGUUUGUUUUUUUAACCCUGGUCCCAAAUCCCCAAUGCACCAGUCAAAUGUACACAGCUUCAUUUCUGAGACUGCUUUGAUCUUUCUCCUAAUCUGCUUUUCACUGUAAUUAUAUUUGUUUGAAAAUAUGGCUUCCAUUUGAUUGUGCCUCCUGAAAUCAUUGCCUGUCAACCAGCUAUAGACAGGGUCACUCUCAUCUCCAUAGGUGGUUUCCUGCUGGAAGUUGAAUCCAGUAUCUGUCUGCUAUUAUGUGGUAGAAUGUUCAGGGUUUGCUUUCAGCCUCCCAAACGUAUUGAUUCUCAUUAAAUACAAUCAUUUUUUUUAAAAAAAUAAUAAUCCCUUUUCUAGCUAAUGCUCUCUUUCUGAGACUUUGCUGCUUAGACAAAAAAUUAAUUAGGCUUCUUUUUCAUUAUCACAUUUUUUUGAUCUGCUGUGCUUUGAAUGAGUUCUGAUUAAAAUGUGCAGUUAAAAAGAAACCCUGCUUCCUGUAUCAUCUCCUGAAAUGACCUCAUUUACACUCCAUUAAGAGGCCAGGACAUAUUUUUAUUUUGUUUGAUGCUUUUUCUGCUUUAUAAAUCCAAGGAUUAUGGUUAUUAGUUUCAGUUAGCCCAAUUGGUCUUGGCCAGCAAUGGGGAUUACAGUGGUAUCUCGGUUUAAGAACAGCCCUGUUUAUGAACUAUUCAGUUUACAAACUCCGCAAAACCGGAAGUAGUGUCCCGGUUUGCGAACUUAAGAAUGGAAGCCGAAUGGUGGAAGGGCACAGGCGGUGGGAGGCCUCAUUAGGGAAAGCGCGCCUCAGUUUAAGAACAGACUUCCGGAACGGAUUUAGUUCGUAAACCGAGGUACCACUGUAUAGUGCAUCUGUAUAAUAUUCCAGAGUAUAUAAUCUUACAUACCUAAAUGUUUCUAUAACUUCAGCAUAGACUUUUUACUUAUUACAUUUAUAUCCCACCCUUUCCUCCAAGGAACUCAAGGUGACAUACAUGGCAUCCUCACUCCCCAUUUUAUCCUCACAACUCUGUGACAGAGCUUGGGCUAAGAGACAAAAUCAGCCAUGAAGCUCACUGGGGUCUGUCUCCCAGCUCCCAGUCCAACACUUUAACCAGUAUCCCACACUGGCUCUUUGAACCUCUCCCACUUUCAGAUGGGAAGAGGGAAGGACAUAUUUCCACCACAGUUUAAUCCCCAGACUGGCACAGUAUUUUCUAUAUGGCAUUGAACUCAUCCUCAUAGUAUGUUAUACAAAAAUGACUUAGAGCAGCUCAUUACCAGAGGGAGACAGUAUAUUUGGCAGGGGAGUGGAUUCAGCAGAGUUGCACUCAGUACCUCAAGGAAACCUCAUACCUCAAACUUAACCUUACUCUGUGGGUCCACAUAUCAGAGUAAUUUCCUCUGAAAUAUACCAACCCUGCAAACAACAGCAGAAAGCAAAUCUAGUCUUAUGCUAGGCUGCUUUAAAAGGUCUCCGCAAACCUAAAUAGGAUAUCUGACAUGUGGUGACAUAAGAAAAGUCAAGUUCUGUUCUGCUGUCAGUUGCAAAGGAGCAGAGGAAGCCCCCUCAUAAUACAUCAGGGAGUUCCCUGAUGCUUUUCAAGGCCCUUGUGGAAAGGAAUAGAAGAGGAAUGAAUAGAGGUAUAAUUACUUGUAAUGGGUCAAUCUCCUUCCCCAGCUCAGUUUUCCACUGGGCUUGGUAAAUAAGCUGUUUUGGGAAUAAAGAUAAUAGCAAUACUGAAGUAGAUGGACCAAUGGUCUUAAUUCUGCAUAAGGCAUGUUCUUACAUUAUUGUGUUUAGAGAUGUCAACACUACAGGACAAAGCAAACGUAAGAAAGCAGUGCAACCUGAUUUAUCCAAGAGAACACAAAUGGACAUGUUUUUUGUGGGCCUCUCAUGCAAAUUGUGUGGCAUUAGUGCUUAGAAAGAAAAACCAACAGCUCUGCUGAUCUGUGUUAACAACGGCACAUUUUUUCUUUCUCUCUGAGAUUCUGAAGCUUCUAGGCAAACAGCCAGAGCACAGCAGUAUCUUAGUGACAGAAACCAUAUCUUUCCCCCUCUCUGCAACAAGCCUAAGCAACACCCCGGAGCUCAAGUAGCCCCCUUGAGAGCCAGGCCCUGCUCACUCCUGAUUAAUUUAACUUUUACCGAUAUUACGGAGAUUGACAGUUGAGUAAGUGGAAAAUCCCAAUUUAAUCUAGUGUUGAGUGUGCUGCAGAUUGCAGACACAAGGCUCAGACAGCUUGACCUACAUUUAACCCUACACAGCAGGAAUCUCUUAGCAAGGAAAAAAGAGAAAAGAAACCAGUUUUAUUCUUCUCACUACAGAAAAGAUUCUUUCCCCCCACCCUUGUGUGUGUGUGUACAUCCUUCCCCUAUCCGUUCAUGGUAAAUGUGACAUUCCCAGGCUUGAAAUGCUUCAGAGACUGAGGAUCAGGGCACACUGCGCCACUGCCCAGCAUGGAUAACAAUGCGAUUCCAAAAGUCUUAAGAAAUAAAUAUAUCUCUCUUUAACAAGUCAUCCUCAAAGUGCCCAGGGAAUGGUCAUUCUGUUGUUCUCUUGUUUGAUAACCAGAAAAUGGGUCCAGCAAAAUAAGUGUCUCUCAUGGGAUUCCCAACCUAAUUAAAUCAAAGUACUCAGAUUUAAGGCUAUUUAGUUGUCACUGAAGUAGCUAGGACCAAUCGACACUUCAGUUAAGGCAGGGGAUUUGGAUUUAAUGUGAUUUGAGCUCAUUGGCAUGAAUGGGAUUACAUAAUUUUUAAAAUCAAGCCCUUUAGUUGCCAACUGGGUUGCCAACUGGGAUAUGUGCUCUUUUCAAAGUCAAAAUCUUAUUGCAGCCCAUUUACCAAUUGGAAAGUAAACCUCACUUAUUGUGGCAGCUUUAAUACUUGAUGCACAUUGUAGGAGCAGCAGCAACAAGGCUUCAAAUCUGCUAAGUCCUCCUCAAAAGCAUAAAGCACUUGAGCAUGGUCUUCUACUUGCACCUUCCUCUCCACACCCCUUACUGCAUUGUCAUGGGGUACCCACUUCUAGCUGUUGGUGCUUUUCUUAAGACACAGUCUGUGGAGCAGGUCUCAUAGCUGGCGCCUACAAGUUCCUAUGCUUGAGGCUAGCAAUUCUUAAGGUCGGGCUGAUUUAUCUUUAUUUAUUCAUGUCUGAAAUUUAUAGCCCAUACGUGGCUCCAAAAUGUGCCCUUAUGGUAGCAAACAUGGCAUUACAACAAUCAAUAAACCAGCCAGUUAAACACAUCAAUAAAACCAGAAGCCAUACAACAACCAUAGCUGUCUAAUUGUUAGAACACCACGGCAGGCUAAAAAACCACCACAACCUAUUGCAAGACAAUGAUCAAUAUCCAAGUGCACACCCAUACGAAAGGUUUCUUUGUUCACAAAUUUUCUGAAAGCCAGUAUGGAAUGAAAUGCUCUGGGGCGAGAAUUUCUAAAUGUGAAUGACAUGGCUAAAAAUUAUCCAGCCUCCUUGCUAGCUAAACUAAUAUCAGAUAGCACUAGCACAGGCAUACCCAAUGACACUCCAGAUGGUUUGGCCUACAACUCCCAUGAUCCCUAGCUAACAGGACCAGUGGUCAGGGAUGAUGGGAAUUGUAGUCCAAAACAUCUGGAGGGCUGAAGGUUGGGGAUGCCUGCACUAGCACCUAGACCAAAGCAUCAACCCACUGCCGGAUUACAAAAGAGCAAGGUAUUCAAAGGAUCUUCCAACAAACACCUAACAGGAUACAUAACAUAUAUAGAAGAGCCUGCUGGCUCAAGCCAUCUAGUCCAGCAUCCUGUUCUCACUGUGGCCAACCAGAUGCCUGUGGGAAAUCUACAAGCAAUAUCAGAGCAGAAAAGCACUCUCCCCUCUCAUGCUUUCCAGCAUGGUGGAACUGUGGAAGCAGAGCAUAGCCAACAUGGCUAGUAGCCGCCACCACCUCCAGCAACCUCAGUGUUGUCUAGUCUGACUAGUAGUGGCUCUCCAGGAGACGUUUCAGCCCUACCCGUAGAAGCCUGGGACUGAACCUGCAACCUUCUUCAUGUAAAGUUGAUGCUCUACGGCCCUUUCCGUGCAGGGAAGGGGCAUCUGCAACUAGGGAUGUCAUGAAGCUGUUCCUCCAUGGAAACUCAAGAUGUCCCAUGUGGAAAGACGUUCAAACGUCUGAGAAUUUAUGGCCUGCAUAACAGAGGUUGGGGAUGGAAUGUUCUCCCAAUGGUGAUUGGAGUUAAUCAACAACUCUAAUCAAUUCCAAAUUUACUAAGUCAAAUUAUUGUUAAAUGUUAAAUGCUUGUAAAUUUAUUCUUAAAAAUGGAAAUAUAGCUGAUAAGCACCAUUAUAAUCUAUCUAGUAUCUGUACAAUGCCUUCUGGUCCACCGCUGACGUUUGGCCUUCUAUUUAUUUAGUUUCUUUCCUUUUGAAUGUAUAACAGAUUUGUUAUUCUUUCUCAUCUAUAUCCUCUACUCUCUAGACCUUAAUAUAUGAAAGCAGGAAUGGCUAAUGUGGGCACCCACCAGUUAAUGUUGGACUACAAGUAUCAACAUGGCAAUUCCUGCUCUAAUGCUGCCCCUACCCCAAGGUACUGCUUGAUAUAACCAAGACAUCACCUUAAAAGACACACACGCACACACACACACACACACACACACACACACACACACACACACACACACCAGUGUUAACCCUGGCUAUAGUCAAUCCUACAGUCAUUAGAGAAUAGUUAUCAGUAAUGAAAAGCUGCUGACUUCUCCUUUUGUGUACCUUGCAUUACUUACAUUGUGGUGGACAAGUUCUCCAUUACCUAUUAUUAUUCUAGUCACAUUUGCAUGUCCAAAUACAUCCCCUUAAUAAAAAUCUACCACUAU